AUGGUGAUUACGUUUCAUCACCUCAGCACGGUGACAUUUUGCAACUUGCGGCCGAACAAAUGUUUGUCCGUCCAAUCAGAGUCGCUGCUGCUUUUCUUUUCGCUACAUACAGCGUCAAACGAGCUUCUAUACGUCAGUGAGCAAGCGGAAUACGAAACCAAUGCCAGUUUCGGUGCGAUCUGCUUACCAGAUUACGAAAAGAAUUUGAGUCAAAUUUGUGUCAAACUCUGGGGGCUACGGCAUAAUUCUGAGCAGUAUUCAUUGCUCUACAAUGUUCAAGUGAACCUACGAGAUUUGGUGUGUAUGCGAAAUGCAUCACAAGGAUUUGAGUCGAGCCAAAUUAUAGAUAAUUCAAUGAUCUUCGGACUCCAGGAUGUCUCUUUUGUGGUCAGAUCCGACUUAAGAGUACCUAUACCAUCGCCUACCAUGUCUAUAGUGGAGUAUGCCAAAAGCAAGCUGACAAUUCCGCGAUCAUCUUAUACGUAUGAUGAUGUGAGGCGUCUUUGUAGCCUUUCCAAUGGCAUCAAUGAUUUUGCUGCAUCUGAGAGCAAAUUGUGUGAGGAAAUUGAUAGAAUUGAGGAAGAAUUCCUGAAUGCCUCAACUCAAGAAAAGCUUCGUUCUUUAAAAGUACAUCUUCAUGAUCUCCACAAGUAUGUUGCAAAACAACACUCACUCAAUGACGAACUUCUGUCUUCUAUUUGGGCCAAAGAAAGACAAGUGAAGGCGCUACUGUCUUGCUUGAAGGACGAGAUUCCACCAAAGUUAGAGCUUAUUGCUGAUAAGCUCGAUAUAGUCAAGUCUGAAGUUGCGCCCAUUUUUGAGGCCCUACAAUUUUCCAUUUAUCCAGAUUUGGUUGAGCUCCUUCGCACGAUAUGUGGUGUAAUAAGGGAAGUAUUUCCGAUCCAUUUAGACGAGAACGGAUGCAAUUACUCAAUUGCACAUAUCAACUUCCCAGCCAAUAUUCUGGAGAUUCUCACAGAAUGUUAUGAACCCCAGUUUGUCAUGGUUGGCUCGACUAGCGAAAGCUCUGUCGAGAGGAUUAACGCAGGUCUAUCAGUAAUAGUCCACCUACUUCUACAUUUGUCCUCAUUAUUGGAUAUUAAAUUGAAAUAUGGUAUUGUACAAAACAAAUCGCACUACUUCUUAGUUGAGAUGUGCUCCCUGUUUCGGAAAGUAUCUAGCGCCAACUCAAGUUACGCUGGUGAGUUUGAUCUAGUUGAGGCACGAUACCCGUUGUUUUACGAUGCUGCUGGUUCAGAAAAGAUAGCCAAAGUUGCUGGCCCUGUGAAGAGCUAUGAGUUGAAAAAUCAAAACUUCGAGCGUGCCCUUCUUCUCCUCAAGAAAAAUGUCAUAGCAUUCAGUUCGGACGUAAUGGAUCUCUAUUCGAAAUAUCUUUACGGCAAAAUGGAAGUUGGAAAGCUCACCAGCAACAUCCCAGUCGAGUGUAUUGACAAUUUUGUCUGGACAAUUAAUUAUUUGCUACUCUUUAUGACGGCUCCCCUUCCAUGA